AUGAAUUGGAUGUAUCUUAUCGCUCUGUCGUACGCCGCUUGCGUUCCAAGUGUUCUUGCUGCGUUUGGAGUGACCACUGGCUCCGGAUAUCUGAGUGUCGAUACUGGUGAGGGCUGGUUUUUCGAGCCUAUGGGGCUAAGUACUCGCGCAGUCUCUACCACAAACGGUGACAUCACCUCGCUCAGUAUGGUAACAUCGAGUGCCAAGACUCGUCCAAGUAUACGCACAUUGGAUCUGGACUUGGAUCUGCAACAGUCUCAUAUAGAAUUUCCGGGAAUUAUGCAAUCGUUACUAUUGCCACUAGCACACUAUUUGGCAGACUCAAUACUAUGUGGCCAAUUGCGCUUUAUCGCUCGUUUGUCUAAAUCUGCUCUCCCAAAUGGAUACACUCAGUCCGAGGUAAACGGUGGAACCGCGAUCGAAGGGAGUGAUGUAUUCAGUACUGGUGGGCAGACGCGAUCCAAGUUUUAUUCCUCGGUCCAAUUCUACAAGGAUCAAGUCCAUGGUGUAACUGGAAGCGGCAUUGGUGUCUAUAUGGCCUUCCUAGUAAUGCCUGGAAAUGCGUACGAAACGUCAAGUGGGGGCCCAUUCUUCCGUGAUAUCAAUAAUCAGGAUAUGAAUUCUGGACACAUGAUAACACAACCGUUCCGGACCGGGUUCUUUGGUCCAUACGCGAUGGUCUUCACAUCGGGAAUAGCACCUUCUGCAUCACUCGAUACGUCAUUCUUCUCAAAUCUGGGGCUUACGGGAUACGUUGCUGCCUCCGGCCGUGGUACCGUAAAGGGCACUAUCUCGGGCGUGGCAUCUGGAUUUACGGUUAUGGUUGGCUUGGAUAAUAUUGGCGCGCAAUAUUGGGGAAUUGUCUCUGGGACUUCUUACACAAUUACUGGUGUCAAGCCAGGGACUUAUACCGCAACGUUAUACAAGAAGGAACUUGAGGUCGGGACCGGAAGCGUAACAGUAACCGCUGGUGGGACCACAACUCUCAACCUGGCAUCGACCGAAAGUAUCAAGACCAACAUCUGGCAAAUCGGCGUUCCUGAUGGCACUCCGUCAGGAUUCUUAAAUACCGAUAAGAUCGAGACUAUGCAUCCAUCAGAUUCGAGAAUGAGCGCUUGGGGUCCUGUUACACACCAUCGGGAGUUCCUCGGCUUCUUCCUUCCCUAUGGCCCAGUGAGUAUUCAAACACCAAUUACCCGAAAUGUGCUUACCUACAUUCCGCUAAGGUUUAUCAACGUCAACAAUCCAACAACUAUCAAAUGGACCGCGACUUCUUCUCAAACCGGCGCCCGGACUUUACGAAUCCGUACCACGUCUUCCAGUCCCGCAGCUCCUACCAAAAUUGAUUCCCGCGGAGUGACCCGAGGAACGUGGCGAGGAUAUAACCUUAUAUAUGAAUACUCUAUUCCAUCCGGUACACUCAUCACAGGAUCCAACACGAUCAUAAUUACGGUCAUUAGCGGGAGUAGUGGCGAUACUUUCUUAUCUCCCAAUAUUGUCUACGACUCGGUUGAACUUGCUCUGGCCGCUUUUGGUGUAACCAAAGGCUCAAAUUAUCUUGAUGUCGAUACCGGAAAUAAGCUCAUCUACCGGGUUUCUACCACUAACGGAGACAUCACUUCCAUUAAAUAUGAUGGAAAAGAGCUUCAAUACUCCAAGAAAUUCACACAAAUUGGAUCUGGACUUGGUUCAGCAACAGUGAGCUCCAAGAUUUCUGGAACCACUGCUAUCGUUACGAUUGAAACAUCCACUCUUACUCAAUACUAUAUCGCUCGCAGCGGUCAGAGCGCACUAUACAUUGGUACUUAUACCACGCUGAGCCUUCGCAGUCCGACCCCAUCUAACCCACGAGGUGGGACUGCCAUUGAAGGGAGCGAUGUGUUCCUGGUUAGCGGCCAGACAAGGUCGAAAUUCUAUUCUUCUGUUAAGUUCAUUGAUGAUCAAGUUCAUGGCAUCUCUGGGAGCGGUGUGGGAGCCUACAUGGUCAUUCCCGGAAAUGCAUAUGAGACUUCCAGUGGCGGACCAUUCUUUAGGGAUAUUAAUAACCAGAACUCCCAAUCGGACGAUGGUGCAAAUGAGGUUUAUUGGUACAUGAAUUCCAACCACGCCCAGACCGAAUCUUAUCACUGGAUUCUUCGCGCAAACAUAGAUCUCUCCUUCUUUGCCGAUCUCGGCCUGAAAGGCUACGUCGCAGAUUCUGGGCGAGGGACAAUCACUGGCUCCGUGUCGGGAAUUCCUUCCGGCUUCCAAGCAGUUGUGGGAUUGAAAAACUCGAACGCCCAGUAUUGGGCCAAAGUCUCCGGCACUUCGUUCUCAAUCUCGGGUGUCAAGCCUGGUACUUACACGGCGACUCUAUUCAAGAAAGAGCUAGAGGUCGCAACCGGGAGUGUUACCGUUUCGGCAGGAAAGAGCUCUAGCUUAACUUUGAGCUCAACCGAAAGUAUCAAGACCACAGUUUGGCAGAUUGGUUUGCCCGAUGGAACCCCAAGUGGAUUCUUGAAUGCCGAUAUCCAUCGUCGUUCCCUAUGGCUCAGUUCACUGAUGAAUAACCCUACUACGAUUAAAUGGACCGCAUCAUCGUCACAAAUUGGAGCCCGCACACUACGCAUUCGCACAACUUCUUCGUUUGCAAGCGGUAGACCAACAAUCAAAGUCAACUCAUGGAGCUCCGCGACACCUGCUGCUCCCACCAAGAUUGACUCCAGGGGUGUCACGCGGGGAACCUGGAGAGGGCUCAAUCAACUUUAUGAAUACGCGAUCCCUGCCGGGACGCUUGUGGCAGGCUCGAAUACGAUUACCAUUACGGUUGCAAGCGGAAGCAGCGGAGAAAAGUUCCUUUCUCCUAACAUUGUUUAUGACUCUAUCGAGCUUUACUAG